AUGGCUGGAAGCACAGCGCUCCCCAAUGUGAAUAUCCAAGGCCUUUCACGCCACAUGGUGAUCUCAGAGGACCUGAGACGUUUGACAUAUGACAAGGCAAUAGCAGUGUCCCAUGCGCUGCGUGAGAAAGCCUUCAUUGGCAUUUGUGAGCUGAAGGCUCACACCCACAGUUCUCUCCCUCUCACCUACGGUGUGAGGAAUGCACGGGCCAUCGAUCAAGCCGGGUUGGAUGGCAUCAAAGAUAGCAUCAUUGAGGACAGUGGUCCAUCAAGACUACGACCAGAUAUGCCAGUUGUGCUGUUGAUCCGGCAACCCUGGGUGACCAGUACUGACUGGCCAAAAAUAAUCACGCCAGAUAACCAUAAGUCAUUGGCAGUUCUUGAACUGAGUGAGGUGGGUUGGCUAGCAGCAAGGGCUGGCCAAUUGCAAGUUCUAAAUGGACAACAUCGAAUUGGGGCAUUACAGGCUGCAUAUGCAGCGGUAGCCGGUGAGGUAAAGAAGUAUGGGGAAGCAGUGGAAGGGAAGGUGGUUGAUAAUAUGGCGACGUCGGAGGAGAGGGAAAUAUAUCGGAAGGAUGAGGAGAGGUUGAAGGAAUGGAAGUUAAAGCUCCUAGAGCUUGUGACAUGGCCUGCUGCGGUGUAUGAUUUGGGCAAGUGGAGGAAAACACAAAUUCGUAUCCAAACUGACAAAAGCUUUUUAGAUGUUUUGGAACAAGAUGAAAGUAUGGGGAGCUUCGUCAUUGAGCUUCUCGCACGAAACAAGGAUGUCAUCGAAGUCAUGGCAUCAGAGGAAGAAAAGUUGGUGCCCGUUUAUCAGCACCUUCUCAAUGUCCAGGUGAGGACAGGGUGGAGGCCAACUCUGUGGCGGUCAGCUGCUGCGGCCAAGGAGGGGCCUGACGGGAUUGACCUCGAUAUCCGCAAGGUGCUGUGGCCAAAGCUCGGCACACACAGGAAGCUCCAGCGGAUUGCAGCUGACGAAAGGUCCAAUCGGGGACUGAUGGAACUUGUCCGUGUCGGCAAGUACUACCGUGACUGGAAGGGCUUCACAAUAAACCACAUCUCGACAAAACUUCUUGGUCAUACAUGUGCGUAUCUGUGGACAUAUGUCCAAGCACAAAAUGAACGUCUGGGGCUUCUCAUGACGGAGUCUGACGUGGAUGAUAACUUCGAUUAUGAGCGAUUCGAGGCACUCCUGAAGGAACUGGAUGGGAAGUUGACGCAAAAAUCACGCAAGGCGAAAACCGAAGAGCUUGAUGAACUGGCACUGCAUUUUGUCAAGACGUUCAUUGAUAAAGUUGAGAGGAUGCCCCCACUUGAUGCAUACUUCAAUGUGGAGUUCUGGAAAGGUGUGGAGGAUGCCGAGGUGGUGGCUGGGGUGGCGACGAUUGUCAAGAAAGGGUCGAAGAAGACACAGCGGACUUAUGGAGAUGACGUUUUCCAGUUCUCACAUCGGGAUCACUCAUCACGAUAUAUCGACUACCGAACAGCACUAUGGAGUGCAGUCGAAAAGGUCCUUGAGCAAAACCGAAACAUUCUCCCUGAGUGGCAUAUGAUUCUGAUCACAAAUGGUCUCCUAUCAAAGUUUGAUGACAUUUCAACAGAAUAUGAACAGUUUUUCAAGGAGUCAUCCACCAAAAUGUUCGCGAACAUCCUGGUGGAGCUGGCCAUACGUCUGUCAUCCACCAAAAUGUUCGUGAACAUUAUGGUGGAGCUGGCCAUAUGUCUGUCAUCCACCAAAAUGUUCGCGAACAUCUGGAUCCAUGCUUGGAUUGACCCUGUCAAUGCCUACAUGAUGGAUAUCACCCAACUUAACUACUUUGAUGCAUCCUAUGCACUAUUUGAUGCAAUUCUUCAAGAUCCUUUGCUUGCUGUGGAGCCAGGGACUGAAGUGGAGUUCACACAUGUCGUGUUUAGUGAAUUAUUGCCAUGCUUUAAACACUGGAAAAUUGAAUGGGAUCAUUGUGGAUUCAAGCCCAUCCCCUCACGCACCAAUUCUUCUUCGCCACUACCUGGUGGGUUCUUUGAGCGUGGAUCAACAUAUGAUGUACGUGCCAAGACCAAGGCACGCGUCAGGGAGGCCAAGGAAAAGGUCCCUGAUGAUGACCCCUCUCUGGACCCUCCAGAGCCUGGGAAUCAUAAGAAUGGCUUUUUGGGUGAUGCACCAUUCAAUAUCUCAUGGUCUGAUGAGUGCCUUGAAUACCGCACAUCCAUCACCACUUUCCUGCGCUGGUAUGACAACAACUUCACUCAUGUCGAUCUCGUCAAAUUCCGCAAGGGCAAGGAUGCUGUUGAUCGUGCAAUGGCAUUAUACCCACGGAUUUCUCCUACCCAGGUUGAUGCAGGACCAAAUCACCUGCACCGUAACUCUGCAAAAUGGUGCCUAUCAUGGGUGAGCUAUGGGCUACAUAAUGAACUCUGCCGUCGCCCCCUCUUGAAGAGCGACACCAUCACUUCUGCAUUGCACUUGAAGGUCAGAGAUGCAUUGUCAAUUUAUGCACCAAGCCCACCCGAUUUCCAACUCGUCAUCCCAACCCGUGUUCGAAAGUCAUUGACAUACUUCAAUCAACCUGAAGCCUUUGUCCGUGCCAUUGAGGGAAAAUUGGAUUCAAGUGAUGAGGAUCCUGAGGGAGGAUCUGCAGCACAGGCUUAUCAUGCCACACGUGUUCAACACCGCCAACAACUUGAUGGGCUAAGGAAAGCCUUCGAAGGAGUAACAUUUAUUCACAAGGGAGGGAAAGUAGAUGGCCCAAUUGAUUCCAGUAUCAUAACAGCAUGGAAUGCAUUUGAGCAGCACCUUCACCGAUUCUCAGUCAUAGCCUCUGUGGCAAAGGCCAAAGCAGCGCAAGAUGCUGAAGGCUCUGCUGGAGAACUCCAAUUAUUUGAGGAGGAUAUUCGCCUGUUGGGAGGAAUGCCACCUUCAAAAUUCACAUUCAAGAGUAGUUCGAUUAUGGCUGGGAAACGCCAAUCAACAUCCCCAGUGCUGCCAAAAUGGCUCCGAGAUGCACGGGAUAUCACCAUUUCUGAGGCAAGUGAUAACUACAAACAUGCCAACAUAUCCAUCAGACUCACCACUAAACAGACACAUCAGAAGGCCCUGGAUAAAUUAGAGGAUCAACAGGAGGAGAAGGAUUAUGAUCCUGAACAAGGGGACCCUGACCGAGAUGACACUCCAUCCAAGUCUUCAGACAGCAGCAGUGAAAGCAGUGAUGCCAAGUCAACUGACAACGAGGAGCCUAUGCCAUCCAAAAAACCCACUAGGGUGGAAAAAGGUAAGGGGAAGGCUGUGCCUGAUCCUGGCCAAAGGGAUGUUGAAGACCCCACACCAGAGGAUGAUCCAACCGGAUCGGAGCUUAGUGAUAGGGGUGAGCCUGAGCAAGGCGUAAAACGCCCCCGGACAUCUAUUGAAUCCACAGUAACGCCUGCUGCAAAGAAGCAACGGCCCCAGGAUCCAAUCAAGGAACCAAGACGUACCCGUGCAACAGCCAAAAAGGGUGACAUCUCAUCCGCCGUGAAGAUGGCAGCGAUCUCAACCGAUUCCUCCGAUCUCAUUGAGCUUCCCUCUGAGGAGGACACCAUUCCCCCUUAUGACAUUCAUAAUCCUCUUGCAGAAGAGGGAUAUGGUGCUGUGAGACAAGAUAUCAUCGCUGGCGCCCGCCUUGGCACAACUGAGGCUUCUAAUCAACCUGAAAUGCAAAAGUUUUAUGAUACACCAUCUCGAACACUGCCCAUGAAGACAUUGCGCCACUUGUACAUCAACAAGAAUGGUGCAAGUGCCUUCAGCCUCUUGCAGCGCAAACAUCGACUACACUUGGAUCCCCAGUUCCAUGAACCGGGAACCUCACGACAAUAUACCUUCCGUCUCAAUGGACACUCCAUUGACUUUUCCCUUAAAGUGCCCGAUCGCUGUGGAUUUGAUGCGAUCCUUCCUCCGAGCCCAAUUGGGGUCCUCCCCACCUGGAGUUUUGACCUUGACCUGUGUGGUUCAUUGCGGGACUUUCUGAAUCGCAAGGGGGAUCUUGGCUUUGAUCCAAGGGGUCGCAUGCUGUACAUCGGAAAAUUCGGUCAUGACAGUGUAUUUCUGGCCAUGGCACCAAAUUCGUUCCUUGAUGGAUCACUUGACCCUGUACCAUGUGGCCAUGUUACUGGACCUACUCAAAUGAAUACCAGCCAUAUCCGCAUGGCAACGAGCAUCAUUCUGUGGUCAAUGACCUAUAUUUCUGACCGGGACUACAGCACCCUAACUCGUUAUGCUCCUAUUGGCGGAAAUAUUAAUAAAUACCAGGAUGUCGCACCUUGGGUUCAGGAGCAUAAUGGGAAGCUUACCUUGCGGCGACGAGAUGUUGAAAACAUGCAUCAUGCCCUUGCACACUACUACACAUCAGAAUUUGUUGCCAAUGCACCACCAACGUGGACAGAUGAUACUUGGUUCACAAACUCAACUCCCCUUGUCGUAACAAUCAAGUAUGGUCAGGAUUUGCCACUGGAUAUGGUCAAUUUGGAGGAGACAUCAACGACAUGGAACCACAAUUUCAGUUUCCAACACAUUUCCCGAUGGAGCAUUGCACUUGCCACCCAUAUUGUUGUACCUUCCAUUGUUGACACCGAAGUUCUUGAUCCACAAGCUAUUCUUGAAGAGUUUGGGACAGUCUUUGAUGAGCAUGGGCAGGUGAUUGAAGAUUUGGAGCAUUUCGACCUGGAAGACGAGGAUGGUGAACCAAUUCCCAUCUUUGACUCCCAAGGGGCACAGAUCGAUCGUAAGGAAGAGCUCUUCCGUGAAAAGGCAACCCCAGGGGGAUUGCUUUUUCGACUAAAUUCUGCCUCCCAUAUGUUUGAUCGUGUCUAUGGAAAUCCCCGCCAAUCAGACCCUUAUCGGUCUGAGAGUGUCAAGACUCAUACUUAUCCUCAAGCCUUCCUGACCGAUUAUGGCCAUGUUCAAGCCAAUUUAGUCUUCCCUGAAUUUCACAAGGCAGCACAGCUCAUCAAUCAAGCCCUCUUGGCUCCAAAUGUGGAGGAUGACAAUAAUAACCCCCCCAACUCCGAUGCCGAGCCUCGCCACUCUACACGUCAUGGGGCCCCUCCCCAGUGGAUGGAAAACUCGGAUGACUCGGAUGACUCUGAUGAUCUACACUCUGAACAUGAAGUUCUUGCUCAACUCUCAGGCCAUACAAUUGAGCCAGUCAAGGGGAUUUUUUUCCAAGGCUAUAAUCUACUUCAGCAUCGUAUUGCUCGCCGCUCCGGAGGUGCUGAGACAAUGCAUGGUACAGUGAGCAUUGCACUUGCUGGACAGUUUGCCCAAGGCCGAGCAGAGGAACAGAGGGCAGCACAAGCAGAGGCCUAUGUCUCCCGACAAAUGCCUUAUGAACGGAUGCGCCAGAAAUUGUUGACAAACAGUCACCAAGCUGACCAACGCCCACCAACAGACCUCCGACUUGAAAACAAUUGGGUCCUCAACUUUACUGCAAUCCCUGCAGAUCGACGGACAGGAAGGCAUGUCAUGGAACAGAUCAUCAAACCCUUGUUGGCUACAUGGUCCAAUCCUGGGGUUGUCAGGAAGCUGAAGCAGCAUACAAUUAUUCUGGCACCUGGCGUGUUGCCUCGUCUCUAUCUAUGGGCAACUUAUCCAGUUUUCUGGGGGAUAGAACAAAUCUACCACAUGGAACAACGCCGAAAAUCUGAAAAUCAUCGGCCUGAUCAAAUUUCCAGGGAACUUCUUGCUGCCCUUGAACGUGCUGGCAGUUUUGGUUUCUGUGGGGCUGGCAAGGUUCUGAGCACUUUUGUGAUGGACCCCCUUCUUCUAUCACUUGGAAUCAAGGAAACAGGCUUUCCUUCUCUCAGCAAGAUUGUGCAUUUGAGUCCUGAUGCAAGGGACACAAUUACUGUGGAGGCAGACAAAUGGCCUCGUGAUGCUGAUGGUGUUCCACGCUUUGCAUCCAAGAGAGUGGUUGUAUACAACUACUCACUUUCAACUUUUGAUUCUAUUGUAGCCGAGUGCUUUGUUCGUCAAAUUCGUGAUGGCAUCUACACAUUUUCCGACUUGGCUUCCACCCCCAUGUCCAAACAUGACAAAAUCAUCCAUGGACUGGCCGCAUAUGGUGUUGAUGCUUUGCUGAAGGAUGCCUUAUAUGAAGUGGAGAAGGGGGUUAAGCGUUACAUUGAUGGAGCAAAGUCACUUGCUGAUGCUGAGGAUCUUCGACGCUUUGCACGACAGCUAGAGGAAUUAAAGCAACUGGUACACGUUGAUCGUCCCUUUGAUAACUCACAAUCUGCCACCCAACGGUUGCUCCUUGUUCUCUGCACUUCACCCCAUGCCAUGAAGGGCAUGUUCUCGGAUUGUGCAGUUGAUGUUCUCUCAUGGGUCAAAGUACUGUAUCGGAUGGUUUCACCUCCACGACCUCCAAAGCCAGGCCCUGCCUCAACCCAGAAGAUCACCAUACCACAGAUUGGGGCACCAUUCUUCCCAGAUGGCUGUGCCCGGCAUGUGCUUCGCAGGGUUUUUGAAGCAUUGCGGCAACUUGGUCAGCAUGAUGACUGGGGUGCCCAACAAGAUUUUUGCUGCAACGUCAUUGUCAAACAAAUGGAAGUCUCCCACCUCUGCCGCUAUCCUGCAGCUUUUCUGAAUCCUGUCACUAAACGGCAGACAAAGUAUGCUGUUUGGCACAUCUGGACAGAUUUCAUCUUCCCUGAUGGAGGUCCUCAACCCCAUGCUGCUGAGGAGUCCAAUGACCCAGAUUAUCAAGCAGCUCGACUUGCAAGCAUCAAGCUGACAAGUGCAAACCCUCAAUCAUCUUGGACAUGGAUGGAUACAAAGCUGUCUGACCUCACUUGGGUCUUUGAACGUUCUCGACUCCCCACUGAUUGGAUCACAAAGGACAACCUUAAGGAUUCAUUCACUGCUGAACUCACAAGUUGGCUGAAGAGUGCUUACAGUGCUUCGAAUCCACGUUUCAAGCUUGCAUUACUGGCAUCACUCAUCAUUACUGCUUGGGCACCAAACCACCGUGUCAAGGAGAUAAGUGAGAAGAUUCCCAAGAAAAUCUCCCUUGGUGCAAAUAUGCGAGAAUAUGGCAACAAUCUAUGUUGGGAUUUGGAGCAUGGGCAGAGUGCAGCUGGUUGGAAAGCCCGCCCCCCUUUAUUCCACCUCUGGUUACUCUUCAUUUCAGGUGUCCUUAACACAUCAAGUCCAUGGUGGGGACGAAGAACUCUGAAAGAGCAUUGCAAGGGCAUCAAGAAAGCAGAUCGAACUGCUGAGCAAGCUCUCAAUGACACCAUGUUUUCCAAUUUCCGUGACAAGCACAGGAGCAAAGGAAUAGUGAUCGCUGUGUUGGCACGCAUGAAUCUUGUGAAGGCUCUGACACCCAAGGCAUUCACAGCAAAAGCACACUUCCCAAAUGACUGGGAACUCUACUCAGAUACUGAGUAUGAGAACAGGUUGCUGAAGGUCCAGGAGCUGUUGAAAGCUGGGGCCGAACGAUUUCCUAUCUUCCUUGUUGUUCGCCACUUCCUUGGUCAUGAAGCACAGCUCCUUGCUGCACAGCAUGAUUUUCCAGUCCCAGACAUGUGGGUUAAGCCAGCUUCACUUUCACACAGAAAGUCAACACACUCAAUGCGGGCAGAUUCAGAAGUGGAAUCUGAGGAGGAGGGGCUUGUCAGAGUAAAAGCCCGCCCCUGCAAGCGUCAUCGUGCUAAGCAGUGA